UUCAAAGAUUUGUCAGGCACUCAGGCUGGCAGUUGUCUCAUAGUAAGCCAAACGAUGACAGCUAAUGGCCGUUUUUACUUAAACUGUCCAACUCUGUUGUCUACCCCUUCACUUCUGUGUACCUGAGUUGUUUUUCGGGUUAUUUUUGUGUUGUAACCGGUGAACCUACAUGCUACGGUGUCUUCCAAUUGGGGCAAACUUUUUAGCUCCAGCGAAAGGGAAGUCGACUGCGAUGCGGAAGCUAGCCAGGCAGCAGCUAGCCAACAUGGGCGAAGAUAGGGACUCUCUAUUCAUCUCCGCGGACUGUUGGCUUUUUCUACAUUUUGCACACGCAAUGGGUCAAUAGUUGGAUCGCUCACUAACAUUCAGACCUCUUGCAAUGCUGUAUAUUAUGCAGGCUGCACCUUAAAAGUAUUGGGCCAGUGAAAACCUGCAAGGUUGCAGACACCCUUGCAGCCUCUUAUAGAUUUGUUUUUUCGGUUGUAUGGGGGAGUAAGCAAUGGGAGGCUCUGUGUCCUGCUGCAUUUCCCCGGGAGAGAGUCCCAAGAUCCACAGGAGAGAUGUGGAGUUGGAGGAAUGUCCUUUCACUGCAGAGGAUGUGAGUGAGGACACCGGCACUUACCUGCAGCACAUCAGUGACAGGGAGCUCCCUGAUGAGCUGGCCCAAGAAGCCAACCCAUCCGACCACCCCAAAGCCAGCACCCUCUUCCUCAACAAGUCUCAAACAGACGUACGAGAGAAAAGAAAAAGCACCUACACGAACCAUAUGUCCCCUGCCCUCCUGACAAAGAAGUACAGCUCCUGCUCCACAAUCUUCCUGGACGACAGCACAGUCAGCCAGCCCAACCUCAAGAACAACAUCAAAUGCGUUGCCUUGGCAAUAUACUACCACAUAAAAAACAGAGAUUCAAAUCGCUCACUGGAAAUAUUUGAUGAAAAGAAACAUCCACUGUCGCGUGAGAAAGUUGCAGAUGACUACUCUGUGGUGGACCCCGAGCACAGGCUGAUCUACCGCUUCAUACGCACUCUUUUUGGCUCGGCUCAGCUCACCGCAGAGUGCGCCAUUGUGACAUUGGUGUACUUGGAGCGGCUGCUAACUUACGCAGAGAUUGACAUUUGCCCUUGCAACUGGAAACGGAUCGUUCUAGGUGCAAUCCUGCUGGCUUCUAAGGUGUGGGACGACCAGGCAGUAUGGAAUGUGGACUACUGCCAGAUCCUCAAAGACAUCGCUGUGGAUGACAUGAACGAUAUGGAGCGACACUUCCUUGAGUUGCUCCAGUUCAACAUCAACGUGCCGGCCAGUGUCUAUGCCAAGUAUUACUUUGACCUGCGUUCGCUCGCCGAUGACAACAACCUUGGCUUCCCUUUGGAGCCACUAAGCAACAAGAGGGCCCAAAAACUAGAGGCGAUCUCCAGGCUUUGUGAGGACCGGUACAAGUACCUGAACAAAUCCACUUUGAAGAGGUCUCUCAGUGCAGACAACCUAGUUGGGACUAAGAACUCAAAGGCAGUACUGUCCUAAUUGUACAGCAGCCGUGUUGGAUCCCAUAAGGUAGUGAAGCACCAUCAUGGACGUUUAAAGUAGGAGUUGUUUUAAAAUUAUGGUAAAGUGGUGAAGGCAACCAGCAUGAAGCCACACAAGUUGAUGAUUUGCUGGCUUUUCUUUUAGUCUUCACAAACUGUCAGAUGCAACAGUGAUGAUGUUCCCUACUUGGGAACACAAGUGAACUCUGCCUUGCUUACCGUGUAGGCAAUUAUGGCUGUACAAUGUAUCAAAUGAAUGAACAUUGGAGAA